UCUGCACUUUGGUUCAUGUUUUUAUUUUUAAAAUCCAAUUUCAAGGUUGAGAGCCAAAGGAAGCAGGGAAACCUUGCUCCUCUGGCUGUGCAAGUUCCCUCCCUGGGACUCAAGGUUUAGGUGCCUGAUGGGAUGGACCUCACAAGGGGCGGAAAACUGAAUGCUUUUUUAGGUCUUGGCGGGGUGCAAGGGAGCGAGGUUCUUCCAUCACCGUCAGACUGGUGUCCCGGCAGGUCUGUCGCUGGCUCCAUGUUGCACACACCCCAAACUCUUCUAAUAGUUUCUCAUAGUUGGUGUCGAAAUUCCCCCAAGAGGCCCCCAGGAUAGGGUGGGAAACCAGGAGAAAUCUCAUUUCAUUCUUUACACAUGUCAUAUAUGGCUUACGGUAUAAGAAUGUGUCCGUAGAUUAGUAUAUAGCGUAUAAGUUUAUACCUUAUAAAAUUAUAUAAGGUAGUUAUGUAAGGUAUAAUUUGUAUCUGCUUUGUGAGUGCACACUUAAAUUGUGCCUUUUACUGGAGGGUGUGGGAUCAGAAAAGUUUGGAGAGGGCUAACCAGGGGAUGGAAGCAAGCCAGCCCUUCACUCUGUGGCCGCCCAUAUCUUCCUGGCUCUAUCAUUGAAUAUCCUUCCCCUCUCCUUCUCUCCCGCUGCCUCCGCUGACAUCAUUGCUCUCAGCUUAUUACUGGAAGAUGCUCGUUUUUGUUUUUUUUUUAUUUCUGCAGCCCCAGCAGAGUCUCUUGAGGGUCUGUUCUUCCUUGAGGACCUGCAAGUUCCAAUGCCCGCAGCUCCUCUUUGCAGAUUUCCUGGAUGCCUGCAACUCCCAAAGUGCUCCCUGGGGGUCUUUCAUGGGGCCUCAGUUACUUGACUGCAGUUACUUGUUUAACUGAACUGCUUAUUGGGUUAGACUGGCAGCCCCUUGAGGACAGCCCAAGGAUUUGUAUACCAAAUCUACAUAUGUUUGCCCUGAAGGAGGUUGAUACACCUGGCCACGAGAGGGGAGAUCCUGGGUCCAGUGAGGUUAAUCAGCCUGUACAAGGUCAGGGCUGCUGACCCCACUAAGCAGUUUGAUCCUCCUAAUCCUCCCCAGCAGGAGCUUCAGGACAGACACAGACGGCAGUGGCUUGUGAGAGCUGGCCAGGGCCAUUUGGUCCCUGGCCUGGGGCCUUCUGCAGAAUUGGUUUUGGGGGGAUGGGGCAGCUGAGCCAUGUGCACCACCCUCUUCCUGCUCAGCACCUUGGCCAUGCUCUGGCGCCGCCGAUUCGCCAACCGGGUCGAACCAGAACCCAGUGGAGUGGAUGGGGCAGUUAUGGGCAGCAACUCAGAUGCGGACCUACAGUCCUCAGGCAGGAAGAAAGAAUCUCUGAAGUAAGCCUUCACCGCAUCAGGCCGGGCUCAACUCUGGGGACUGGGAUCGGCUGGCCAGCCGAAGUCUUCAUUUGUCCCCGGCCCUGGAGGAUGCCAUGGGUUCAGAAACGACAGCAAUUAGGGGAAGGGGAGAAGAGGCGAUGGAGAAGGCCUUCAGCUCUUGCUUUGAAGGAAGUCUCAUGGAUGCAAAAUGGCCACACCAGUCCCAAGCAUUGUGUCUUCACAGUGUUCCAAAGCCAGAAGAGAGUUGUUACUUUUAAAAGCAUGAAAAAUUUCCCAGACUUGGCCUGAUUCACGCUGCAGACAAGAUGGAGGAAGAGCUUGCAGAAGGGCCACUACCAGUGCUGACACUCAGAUGUACUUCAGUGCAACUGCUCCGAUUGUCAACAGCUAGCUGCUGGGAUAUGAUCUAUCCUCUUUUGUGUUCUUACUAAUAAAAUUAAAGAUUCCUUUCAGGGUUAAGGAAUUAACUUCAA